UGGGGGGGAGAGAGAGCGGCCUGACCUGUCCGAAGUUUUUAUUCCCUUUCAUUCUAUUUUUGUCUUCUCAUGACCAAAGAUCUUUGCACAGUUCCCUAAUUAUUAAAAUCAGGGAACUGAGGUGCGGGAUUGCUUAGGAGUGGAUCUUGCUUUAGGAUGCAGGGGGAAGAUGAAGUUGAGUAGUUUAAGUGGCCUUUGGUGCAUAAUCUGAGAUGAGAUAGACGACAAGUAUCUGCAACGUUGGCUGAAAUCCUCUCAUCAGACUGGAUCAUUGUAUUUGGGCAACACGUUGAGCUCAACAUGAGGUGCAUUUGUGACUUUUUAAACUGCACCUAAGAAAAAAAAGAGGGGGGUCCCUCUGUACAUCCUGCUUCCACAGGAAGAGACGCUUUUUUUCUUUAGCUAUCAAACGAAUUAGGGUUGUUGCAUCAAAGUGAACACUGGGGGAACAAAGCAGAUUUCCUGCUGUAUCAUCUUUAUCUCUGACUUAAAUCAAUCGUCAAAACGACUAAAAAUGAAGAAGUUUCGGAAGGUGUUGGACGGUUUGACCACCUCCUCUCCGGGAGGGACUAUAGGGUCCCCAUCGUGCGGCAGCGCGGCCGGGACUCCAACCGCGGUGCCAACUCCCAAGGAAAUCGACGUCCAAGAGACGCUGGUGUCGGAAAACUUUCAGCUGUGUAAGACGGUUCGGCAUGGAUUCCCAUACCAGCCCACAGCUUUGGCCUUCGACCCUGUGCAGAAAAUCCUGGCCAUUGGUUCAAGAUCAGGUGGUGUACGAAUACUGGGCCGACCAGGGGUGGACUGCUACUGUCAACAUGAGAGCGGAGCAGCUGUUCUUCAACUUCAGUUUCUCAUCAAUGAGGGGGCGCUGGUUACAGCCUGUGCAGACGACACACUACACUUGUGGAAUCUACGGCAGAGACGGCCAGCUGUCUUGCAUUCACUCAAAUUCAACAGAGAGAGGAUCACCUUUUGCCACCUGCCUUUUCAGAGUAAAUGGCUUUAUGUGGGGACAGAGCGUGGCAACACACAUAUGGUGAACAUUGAGUCCUUCAUUUUGUCUGGAUAUGUUAUCAUGUGGAACAAGGCCAUAGAACUAUCAACUAAAACACACCCAGGACCUGUAGUUCAUCUGAGUGACAGCCCCAAGGAUGAAGGCAAGUUGCUUAUAGGAUUUGAGGGUGGAACCAUUGUUCAGUGGGACCUCCGGGCCAAGAAGGCUGACUUCAGAAUCUACUAUGAUGAGGCUAUCCAUUCAGUCAGUUGGCAUCACGAAGGGAAACAGUUUAUGUGCAGUCACUCAGAUGGCAGCCUGACGCUAUGGAACCUCAGAAACACAACCAAGCCAUUCCAGGUCACCUUUCCUCAUGGAAAGAUACAGAAGGAUGGGAGGAAGGAGUCAUGCAAACCUAUACUCAAAGUGGAGUACAAGACCUCAAGGAACAGUGAGCCUUUUGUUAUCUUCUCUGGUGGUCUUUCGUAUGACAAGGCAGGACGACGACCAACUUUAACCAUCAUGCACGGCAAGGCCAUCACCGUUCUAGAAAUGGACCACCCUAUUGUAGAGUUCAUGGUCCUCUGCGAUACUCCGUACAACAAUGAAGUCCAGGAGCCUUAUGCAGUGGUCGUGCUUCUGGAGAAGGACUUGAUUGUGGUGGAUCUGACACAAAGCAACUUUCCUGUGUUUGAGAACCCAUAUCCCAUGGACAUCCAUGAGUCUCCGGUUACCUGCACAGCUUAUUUUGCAGAUUGUCCACCAGACAUUAUCCCUAUUCUCUACUCAAUAGGAGCUAAACACAAGAAGACUGGCUAUAGUCAUAAGGAGUGGCCAGUUGGUGGCGGAACGUGGACAUUAGGCUCCCACACUUAUCCAGAAAUCAUCAUUACAGGACAUGCCGAUGGUUCAAUAAAGUUUUGGGAUGCAUCUGCAUUCACGCUACAGAUGUUGUACAAGCUGAAGACCUCCAAAGUGUUUGAGAAACCGAAGCCAGGUGAUGGCCGGGCUGCUGAGCUGGGGGAGGAAGACCCAUUUGCUGUUCAGAUGGUUAGCUGGUGCCCUCAUAGUCGCAUCUUCUGUGUGGUCGGCAUCUCAGCUCACAUUAUUCUGUAUCGCUUCAGCAAAUAUGAAGCCAACACUCAGAUAGUGUCCUUAGAAGUGCGCUUGCAGUGUGAGCCAGAGGAUAUUAUCACUCCAUCUGAGAAUGAAAACAAUCCCUGCUUCUCAGAGCAAGGCUCCUACUCGCCCCAACCCCACCACCAACACGCGGUUAGCCCUGGCAGCAGAACGCCAGACGGUGCUAAAGACAGCAUCCCCUGCCUCAAGGUGAGGGACAAAAUGGUACGGGUCCCUCCUGGCUAUCAGUCAGACCUGGUCAUCCAGCUCCUGUGGGUAGAUGGUGAGCCACCACAGCAAAUCACCAGUCUGGACAUCAAUUCUGCAUAUGGCCUAUUGGCUUUUGGGAACUGCAACGGGCUCGCUGUGGUUGACUACUUACAAAAAACUGUUAUAUUGUGUAUUUCAACACUGGAUCUAUACGGAGCCACAGACCCCUACCAGCGCCUUACUCGUUCCCCCCGCAGGAACAGGCAGUCCACCUCAGAGCAUAGCAUGCGCGGCCUAUCUAACUUUUAUUCAGAUUCAAAGAAAAGGAUCCGUACAUCCUAUCAGAGCCUUACUGAACUCACUGACAACCAGCAGUCCAUAGACAUGGAAAGAAGCAAGUCGCCCACUUCAGAUCAUGUCAAUGGACAUUGCACUAGUCCCACCUCUCAAACCUGCUCGGCGGGGAAGCCUCGCAUUCCAAUGGGUCCUGAGGGGCCACGGCUAACCCGCAGAGGCCCUGGCCGACCACCCUUCCGAAAGGCCCAGUCUGCUGCUUGCAUGGAGAUCUCUUUGCCUGUGUCCCACACUGAAGAGAGUCGUGAAAAUUCCUUCAGCCGCUCUCGCAGUUCCAGCGUGUCCAGCAUUGAUAGGGACACCAAAGAAGCUAUCACCACACUGCAGUUUGGAGAGUCCUAUGGACGCAAGAGUGAUGCGCUACCCACACCAUGUCUGUGGGUGGGAACUAGCUUAGGAGUUGUCAUUCUUAUCCCACUGUCGAUCCCCACUGACCACGAGGAGAGGAUGGAGGACCCUGUCACCGUUGGCCCUAGUGGAGCAGUCCAAAUGUUGAAAGGCUCUGUGCUUCACUGUGGUUUCUUGGACUACAAUGGAGCUCUCAUUCAGAGCCCAUAUGAAGUUUGGCGGGACCUGAAUGCCCUUGAGGACCCUGACCGACAACGGAGGCGCAAGCUGGUCCACUUUUCCCCAUCCUCCUCCCAGGAAACUUUCGGAGAGGGACAUUUGUCUGUGGUGUGCUCUGAGAGGCAGGCCAAAGUGUUCUUGAUGCCCUCUCAGUCUUGCCUCUUUGUCCACAACAUCACAGAGUCGUCCUUUGUGCUCCGAGCUGAUGUAGUAUCUCUGUGCAACAGUGUGUGCCUGGCCUGCUUCUGUGCUAACGGACAUGUCAUGACACUCAGUUUGCCCAGUUUAAGACCGCUGAUGGAUGUCAAUUACCUGCCUCUGACAGACAUGCGCAUUGCAAGAACCUUUUGUUUCACCAAUGAGGGGCAGGCGCUGUACCUCAGCUCCCCUACAGAGAUCCAGAGAAUUACAUAUAGUCAGGAGAUGUGUGACAAUCUGCAGGAAAUGCUUGGGGAGCUGUUUACUCCAAUAGAAACACCAGAAGCUCAAAACAGAGGGUUUUUAAAGGGCUUCUUUGGAGGAAAUGCCCACACUUUUGACAGAGAGGAGCUUUUUGGUGAGGCAGCAGCUGGGAAAGCUUCACGGAGUCUGGCACAGCACAUCCCUGGUCAGGGAGGGGUGGAGGGCAUGAAGGUGGCAGCAAGCGGAGCUGUGGGCGAGCUGGCACGGGCACGCAUUGCUCUGGAUGAGAGAGGCCAAAGGCUGGGGGAGCUGGAAGAGCGAACGGCUCUUAUGAUGACCAGUGCAGACACUUUCUCCAAACAUGCUCAUGAGCUGAUGCUGAAGUGCAAGGACAAGAAGUGGUACCAGUUCUAACAGCAGGAUGGAGGGAUGAGACUGCAACUGGCCUGUUUGGAACUUCAUGCUGCGACAAGACUUUCACAUGUGAAACGAAAGCAAUCGGAAGAGACAUAAUAGUGACUUUGUCUUUACAGCUUUGAGAACCAGCUGCGUGUACUUCAGCGUUACUUUGUUGAAGGAUGAGAAUGGGUUGGAUUCUCGUCUAGACAAGAGGUGUAACAGACCGUUGGAGAAUGGUCUAAAAAAGGAACUGGAAAAUGUGCGUGAAGACUGUGUGUGUUUGUGUUUGUGUGUUUGUGUACGUGCGUGUGUGUGUCUGAGUGUGAGCUCGUGUGGUUGGGUUUUCUGGAUCUUACUGUGUAGAUACUCAAAAGUUAUGAAACAAACAAGAAAUGCAUGAAACAGCAAUGGAUGAGUAUUAAAAAUAUCCAACUGCCAUAUUAAAAAGCAGCAUGCUAAUUUAAAAAGAGAUUUUAAGUAAUUAAAAAAUAACUUUUACUUAUGAUGUAAGCCAAUGACAGAAACUAUAAAAACUUUAUAUUUUUGAGAUACUGGCAAAAAAAACUAUAUCUAAAAGGGAAACAUAUAACUGCAUUGCUAUUAAGCCAAAACUUGUGUUACUUUCCCCUUUUUAAAUUUCCUUUAUGGUUGAUUUAAUUUGUAUAUUUUUCUUAGUCUAAGCAAAUAUUACUUGAUACAAUAUAAAUGCACAUAAAUAACUAUCUACACAGACUUAGAAUAAUAUAAUAGUCAAACUUUCUUCUUACUUUAUUUACUCUGGGCUGCACAGUGCAAAUUUAAAUACGAAAUAAUAACACUUCAAUCUGCAAAGUCUAAUAACACUGAAUGUUUUUCACUUGGGUGACAAAGAGGGACAUCUCAGUACUCAAAAGCUGUAUAAAAAGAGAAACAGAAGCGACAGAAAUAAAGAAAGUGUAUUCUGAAUCAUGUGUUUAUACCUGUUGUGCAAACCUAUAUACAAUUUGUGUGCCAUAAAAAGCAAGUGGGAUGAAUCUUUUCACUGAAAGCUAAAUGAGGAGGUAAUUUGUGGGAAUGAUUGAUCUUAAAGUAUUACACAUGAAGUUUGUUAUAGAGGGCAUAUCAAAACUCAUUUUCUUUUUUUUUUUCUUUUUUUUGAAAACAUAUAUAUGAGGGCAGUGGAGGUUUUUGGUACAGGUGAAAUAACUCACAACCUGGGUGUCAUCCUGGUGAAGGGAGGCAUGAGCAUUUCGAAAAGAAACUGUUCUGCAAUAUGUCAACUGCAUACCAACUAGCUUUAUUAUCUCCUAUUGCCAUGGUCCAAGCUAAAGGUUUUUUUUUUUUUUUUUUUUACUCCAGACUGCAUUUGAUUUGUUGUUUAAAUAUAGGAUACUUAAACUGGUCAAACCUGAAGGUUAAUUAAUCUACAUGAGAGGUAGAUUCUUAAAACACAAAAUUAGAUUCAUGAAACCUUUAUUCUGUUCAUGAAAACUUAAAAAAAAAAAAACUUUUUAUCUUUAUUUUGGCACCAUCUUAUAUUGAGUGAAGCAUAAAUCUGGGGCCUGCCCAGGGCACCAUUCACGCAAGGACCCUAUACAAGGGUGUUUAUGUUGGUCUUUAACUGCUUCUGUUUAGUGAGACUUUAGGUUGUUUUGUGGGUGGCUUUAAGAAAGAUGUCAAAUAUCACUUAUUUUCUGUCAAAACAAUAAAAAAAAAUAGCACCCCCCAUCUCUUUCCACAAUACACGAAUGUGCAUUUCUCUGUUAAGACCAAACAGACAUUUACUAGCAACGCAGCAUGGCGGUUCUCAGUUUUUCCAAUAAAAGCCGGAGUUGGGAUCACAUCAGUUUCUUCUCUGCUGUCUGUGAAUUGUGUCUCUGUAAACAGUUCAGGGGAAAUAACAGUAUUUUUUUUUGGUGAUGUUCAAAUGUCGAGUCAGUGACGAAAAUGUGUACAUGUGUAAAACAUUUGCAGCAAUUUCAACUGGAGGCAAAAAUGGUUUUUCCUUUUCAUUUUCAGUAUUGUUCUUAAUGACUAUGAUAUCCUUGUGUCGCAGUCAAAUAUUUGAUGGUUACGGCCUCUUCACUGUAGGCUUAUGUAUUUUUAAAAGCAACUAAUGUUUCAUGAUACAUGGCUGUGUAUCAAAUUGUGAUUGUGUUGUGCGUCAGUGGGUAGCCACACGACAGAGUAACAGCGUCAAGCGAGAAGGGUAUUUUGUACUUGUGUACUAGUCUGUAUUUUGAACUGAUUUGAAAAAAAAUAUCUAUGGAGUACCAACUUUCAACACACAUGUUAGUUCUUUCCCACUGGAGCAUCACUACAUCAAGUUUAAGAUAAAUCGUCUUGGUAAUGUAGAUGCCACUCUAAUGUACAAAAUUCAAAACACAUAGAAUGCAUUUAAAGUCUAAAGAAAAGAGUAAAUCAGUAAUUUCCACCAGCUUUGUCAGACUGCUGAGGCAUUCCUUAGAUUUAAAUGACCUUCACACAGGUACUUUAACUUAACUAUCCUGACAUUUCACAGUGGAACUACAUGGAUUAAAAAAAACACCCUGAUUUGAUUCAACACUGUGUUUAACGUGUCAGAAUAUCAAUAAUACAUUACUCUCCUAUUUCUGUACUGUCAGUGACAUUUAUGUUCUGUGCAGUUAUUUCAGUGGCAAUGAAAACGCAUUAAAGAAAACAAAAUCAAAAUUCAGAAGGAAAAACAAAAACAAAAUAUCCGACUACUGCUGACAGGGUGUUUUCUUUAUUUUUAUUUUUAUUUUUUUGGGUUUGUAUGUUCUCAGUUUUUAUAUUAACUGUACAGUUGAACUUUGGGUGAAAGCUAAAACACACAAAAAAUUUGAGACUCUUGGGAUAUUUUCUGUAUUUGUUCUACCUGUUACUGCUGGUACUGUACUAUCUGGUAUUCUUGCUCUGUCUAAAUCACUGGAACUACGUAGUUCUUCACACUGUAGUAUGCUGUUAUAGCAUUUAUUUGGUUUUCUCAAUAACAGCGACAACAUUUGUCUUAUUUCAAUGGAUUCCACUUUUUGUUCUUGAUAUAUUCAAAUGUAAUAGAAAUUACUUGAUUAAAAAAGGUCUGAAAAUAUGUUGAUGCAAAAGCAAAACUGAAAUAAACAUUGAUUGAUGUACACACUGGA